ACGCUAGGGGGCGCUAUCACCCUUAGCGAGAGGCUUUCACAUCACGUGUCAUCACAUCAUCAGGCCUCUACUUCCUGUCGCGUCUAGGAAACAUGGAAUCCUGCUGAUAGGCUGGUCGGAGCGAGAGAAGAAAUAAGUUAAAAAAAAAAAAAGACCUGCUUUUAACACGAGCAGGGGACGCAGAGCUAUUUGGAAUUUUUUAAGAACAAACGAUGCCGGUAGCUGUUGGACCGUACGGGCAGUCACAGCCCAACUGCUUCGACAGGGUGAAGAUGGGCUUCAUGAUGGGCUUCGCUGUAGGAAUGGCCGCCGGAGCAAUGUUCGGCACCUUCUCCUGUCUCAGGAUAGGGAUGAGAGGGAGAGAGCUCAUGGGAGGAGUGGGCAAGACCAUGUUACAGAGUGGAGGGACUUUCGGCACUUUCAUGGCUAUUGGAAUGGGCAUCCGCUGCUGAACCCCUCCCCCUCCCCGGGUACACCACUGUCCGAUUUAGGAAUCCCGUGUUCUGUCUUCUCUGUAAAUAAUUUUGAAUAAAAAAGGCAAAUAAAAGUUCCACUAAUAAA